AUGAACGGAAAAUUUCAGGAUAUAAGCUAUAUGAAAAACGGAGAACCGGUCUGGAUUCCUGUUACUAUCAGAGUAGAAGAUCAUAUUACUAUUCCAGAUCUUGACUACACCAAUAUUGAAAAUCCUGAUCAGUUCCUAGAAGACUAUUCUUCAACCAUUUCAAAUAUUCCAAUGGACAUGUCCAAACCUCUUUGGGAAUUUCAUUUACUUAACAUAAAGACAUCAAAAGCAGAAUCUGUGCUUCUAGCCAAAAUACAUCAUUCAAUUGGUGAUGGAAUGUCUCUUAUGUCUCUUUUACUUGCUUGUUCACGAAAAAUAUCUGACCCUGACGCACUAAUUUCUACUAUCUCGUUUACAAAAAAAACCGUUGAUUCGAUGGCUUCGGCUUGGUGGUUGAUUGCUGGAUUUUGGUUUAUGAUAAGAGUCACCUUCACCACCAUUGUUGAGUUUUCUAAGUUAAUGCUUACAUUAUGUUUCUUGCGUGAUACUAAAAAUCCUCUACUGGGGAAUCCUGACGAUGGAAUACAAUCUUGGAAGGUUAUCCAUCGGAUAAUAAGUUUUGAUGAUGUCAAAUUAGUGAAGAACGCAAUGAACAUGAAGGUGAAUGAUGUUCUUCUUGGAAUGACACAAGCUGGCCUUUCAAGAUAUUUGAGUGCACAAUAUCAUGGAUGUACAAUGUCCCAGAAAAAAAAAAUCUUAGGAAAAAUCCGUGUUCGUGGGGCUGUAGCUAUAAACCUAAGACCAGCAGCGAAUAUUGAGGAUUUGGCUGAUAUGAUGACGAAGGGAUCAAAGUGUAGAUGGGGAAACUUUAUAGGAGCCAUUAUAUUUCCACUAUGGAUAAAAUCAGAGAAUGAUCCUUUGGAAUACAUACGACGAGCCAAAACUACUAUGGAUAGGAAGAAAAUCUCUUUGGAAGCAUUUAUUUUCUAUGGAAUCAUUAAAUUCACCUUGAAAUUCUUUGGAGGAAAGGCAGUAGAAGCUUUCGGAAAAAGGAUAUUUGGUCACACAUCAUUGGCAUUUUCAAAUGUGAGAGGUCCCGAUGAAGAAAUAAGCUUAUAUGGCCAUCCAAUUACAUAUGUAGCAGGAAGUGCAUUAGUUGGAUCACAAGCCCUCAAUAUCCAUUUUAUAAGCUACGUGAACAAGAUUAUCAUUAAUCUAGCUGUGGAUACAACAACAAUUCCAGAUCCUCAUCAACUAUGUGAUGAUAUCGUAGAAUCGCUCAAGACUAUCAAAUCUGCUGCACAGAAGAGAGGAUCUCAUAAGAUGGAGGUUUGA